GCCGGUUGGGCAGCCGGAGCCUGGCCUUUGAAACCAGAACCUAUGGCUCCCUUGGCAGUCUUUCAGGCAACAUUCCUCUUGGUGUUGCUGCCCUUGAGAACUUACCAGAGCGGAGUCUUGUCCAAACCUUCGUCAGUGACCCCUGAACCUUUAUCAUUGACCCCUGAACCUUCGUCAGUGACCCCUGAACCUUCGUCACUGACCCCUGAAUCAUUGAAGGUUUCCAUCAAUUCCGCACAGCAGUGUCUGCAUUUACAGUGGAGUGUCCGCAACCUUACCCAGCAGGAAUUAAAGAUGGUUUUUCAGAUCGAAAUCAGCAGAAUUAAAACAUCCAAUGUCAUCUGGGUGGGGAGGUACAGCGCCACGGUGGAGCGGGGCCGGGCUCUGCACUGGAGCUGGGGGUCCGAGCUCCCCCUGGAAUGUGCGGCGCACUUCGUAAGAAUACGGGGUAUGCUGGACGACACCACCCCCGGGCCGCCGUCCUGGAGCCGCUGGAGCUCGUGGGAGGAAGCAGAUGGGCGGGAUUCGCUUGGACAAGGCUCACUGUUCCUUUUCCCUAAAGAUAAGCUGGUGGAGGAAGGCUCCAAUGUCACCGUCUGCUACGUUGCCAGGACCCAGCAGAAUAACAUAUCCUGUAUCUUGGAAGGGGUGCUGAUCCAAGGGAAACGACUUGCUCCGGACGUGUCCGUAUUUACCCUGAACAGCGUCCCCUUCAUUAGGGACACGGGGACCAACAUGUAUUGUGAGGCGAACACCAUGAACACCACGAACACCACGAAUACCACGAACACCACGAACACCACGAUCAUAGGGGGCAUCGUCCUCUUUGUCGCAAAAGUGCUUGAGGAGCCCAAGGACUUUUCUUGUGAGACUCGGGACUUCAAGACUUUGGACUGUACCUGGGAGCCUGGGAGUAACACUGACCUACCUAAAUAUUCUUCCCAACGUUACACUUUAUUUGAAUCAUUUUCUGGGAAAAAGAAAUUCUGUGAACACAAAAACUCGUGUACUUGGCAAGUAGCUCCAGACUCACAAGAAAUGUAUAACUUCACACUCGUGGCUGAAAACCACUUCAGGAAGAGGAGUGUCAAUUUGCUUUUUAACCUGGCACAUCGAGUUCAUCCAAUGACUCCCUAUAAUGUAUUCCUGAAGAGUGUAAGGGCCACGAAUGCCACCGUGACCUGGAAGGUGCACUCCGUUGGGAAUUAUUCCACAUUUUUGUGUCAGGUUGAACUCCAUGGUGAAGGAAAAGUGAUACAACACAAUGUUUCCGUCAGGGAGAGUGGCGAGUACCUCUUCAGUGACCUGGAACCCGCCGCCGAGUAUGUGGCCCGGAUGCGCUGCGCUGCCGCCAACCACUUCUGGAAAUGGAGCGGCUGGACCGGGCAGAACUUCAGCACACUGGAGGCUGCUCCCUCCGAGGCUCCUGACAUCUGGAGAAGCGUGGAGUCAAUGCCGGGAUCUUGUAAUGUCACUUUAUUCUGGAAGCCACUAUCAAAAGCGCACGCCCAUGGGAAGAUUCUGAACUAUAACGUAGUUACAGAGAAGCUGAACACACCGUCCAGUUUGAAGCUCGUUUCCAUCCCUGCUCCGGCCAAUGGCACAGAACUGACCCUUGACGGGUGUUCCUACCAAAUCCAAGUGACAGCCAGCAACACCGCGGGCACCUCUCCUGCUUCCGUGAUUGUCAUCUCCGGGGACCCUGGGCAUGAAGAGGUUGCAGAAGAAAGAGUUGAGGGCACAGAGGAUGGAGUCCCUUUGUCUUGGAAACCGCCAUCUGGAGAUGUCAUAGGCUACGUUGUGGACUGGUGUGACCGUCCCCGGGACUCACCCUGUGAUCUGCAGUGGAAACACCUGGGCCCCAAUACCACAAGCACAGUCAUUAACUCAGAUGCUUUCAGACCAGGAGUCCGAUACAACUUCAGGAUUUAUGGAAUUUCUCCAGAAAGGAUGGCUCAUUUAUUGGAGCGGAAAACAGGAUACUCCCAGGAACUGGCCCCUGUGGACACCCCCCGAGCGGCCGUAAGCAACCUGACAUCCCACUCCUUCACGCUGAGCUGGACGGGCUACCCCGCCGACGCCCAGCCCGGCUUCAUCCGCGGGUACAGCCUCUACCUGAGGUCCAAGGCGGAGCAGUGCCACCCGGGGUUCAAAAAGGCUGCCGUUUCAGAUGACUUGGUCUGUUGCAAGCAUGACAUCAACAACCCGGAACAGAAGACGUUCGUGGUGGAGAAGCUGCAGCCGGAGCCCUUCUACGAGUUCAUGGUCACGGCGCGCACGGGGGCUGGCGAGGGCCCUCCUGGCACCUUCACCAAGGUCACCAUGCCCGACCAGUACUUCAACGUACUGACCCGCAUCAUACUCCCCACCGUCUUCCUCCUCCUGCUCGGCACCAUCCUGUGCUACAUGAACAGUCAGUGGAUGAAGGAGACCUGCUACCCUGACAUCCCAGACCCCUACAAGAGCAGCGUCCUGUCAGUACUGAAGCCCAAGGAGAACCCUCGCCUGGCAAUAAUGAAUGUCUACCACUGUGUUCCCGAUGCCAUCGAGGUUGUCAACAAGCCCGAGGGGAGCAGGAUCCAGUUCCCGGGCGCUCGGAAGUCGCUCACGGAAACCGCAGCUACGAAGCCCGACUACAUUUACCUCCUCCCCACGGAGGGCACGGGCCCCUGCAUCUGUUUCGAGAACCUGACCUACAACCAGGCGGCUCCUGACUCGGGUGCCUGUGGCCACAUCCCAGCACCCCACAAUGCCCCACCAGGGCAGCUGGGACUGCUGACUUCACCUGGAAACUUACUGAAGUCACUAAAACUAAACUACAUGAACUCCCCGGGGGAGAUCCCAGCCGGAGAGACUACUUUGAAUUACGUGUCGCAGUUGGCUUCACCCAUGACUGGAGACAAGGAGAGUCUCCCAAUGAACUCCCCCAAGCCAGCACCCCAUUCCGAGUAUAGAAUGCAAAUGGCCAUACCCCUGGGUGUUGCCUCCCCUUCCUCGGAUGAGAAUAGCAAUCUCUCAGUUACCCUUUUAGAUCAGGGCGAACACUGCCGCUAAUCACACUCCCAUUUCAUACCUUUACGCUACCGAGACACCAAGGGAAGCAUGGCCAGCCCCACUCCACUGCCAGACCCCUGUGUUUCAUCCCAGUGAGCUGUCACCGCUGGCAGGUCUGAUUUAUGCAAGACCACAGCCAUCGUGCUAGGUUUCCAAGUGCAGACGCUAUGAACCUUACCAGCCUUCCUCGCAGCAGGCUUGCUGUAGACACACGGUAGUGGAGCAGGCUCGCCUUUGGAACAGCCCCGGCACCUGGCGUAGGAGUAGAUCCGUCCAUCAGUCCUGGACGCGGUGGCCAUGGCCCUGAGAAGUUCAGCGAGAAAGUAUUUCCAUUAAUUUUACCCCUAUGUUUACUAUUUAAGGGUGAAGAAACUAGAUUGGGGGUUUCGAUUUAAAAGGCCACAGAAGACUCGUUACUAGAGCAUAACUUGUCAGUGUUAAUUUAUUCUGGAUGUAUUUAAUAAAAAUGUCACAGAUGUUUGAGCCCGAAACACGGUUUAGACUUGUCUUGCCAUGAUAAGAAUUGGUAAUUCAUUGGUGCAGUAAAAUGAACUCUCCUGGGCGCACAGACCUUGUCUAAUAGGUAAGACAUGUGACUGGAUCAAUAAGUCCCCACAAUUGUCCUUCUCUCUUGCUUACCAUGGUUAGAGAGGGACUGGCGAGGAAGUCCUUAGGGUCAAGAUAACAGCACUCCCACUUAGUAGGCACCAGUCUUCCACCGUAAUUCUUGAUGACUACCUCAAACAGAAAAAGGAAAGCAAAUCACUGAGUAAUUAUGUUCACAUUUUAUGGUUCCUAUUUGUUUUCAAGAACUGAAAUAUAUGUGACCUGUUUUCAUUUAGCAUCCUUUGGACUCUACAGUAGGGUGUCUGGGCCAUAACACCCUCACUCAUUUAUAUUCCUGUUAUGCUACCCUAAUAAAUGAAUGAAACCACAUGUUUGACAACAAUAAUUACUAGAAGCAUAACUAGAAGCUAUCUGGAGUGGGGAAAUUCGGUUUUGGCUCAGCAGCAGCUCUGUCUUGCACUGCACAGCAGAUGUUCACUAUAUUAGCUCCUUUCCCUUCCUUCUGCCUGUCAACCAUAAUGCUCACGGGUCACGUUUCUAGACAAGCACACGCACGGUUGUCUGCUGCGGUGGACCUGGCACUGCCUGUGCCUCUGGUACCCAAUGCCCUGCACGGGCCGUUAACUCCACAGAGAGGGAGGCAAAGACCACGCCUCACAGUGAGGUGGCUGUCAGCUGGCCUGGAUGUACUCAGACGCCAGGCUUUCAACACUGUCCUCACGUGUAUCUCAGCCUUCUGCUAGGAAAAUUGGUUACAAAGUCCUAACACAGUACAAACAAGUAUCUCGAUUAGUAUAGUAGCUUCGAGGAGACUCUGGGUCCAGUAUUGUCAUCAUUUACCCUCUUGUGUUCCUUGAUCACGAUGCAAUUAUAAACGUCCACAGAAAUGUCAAUGACAGAUUUGUAAACAGUAUCUUUCAUAUAGAGUUUUUAAAAAAAAUAAUGUACAAGAUCUUGAAGUUGUUUUUGUUGCCACAAGCCUUCAUUAAAAUAUUUCACCACUGCAUUAUUUUGUGUUUUCUUGACCUCAAUGAAAUGAAACAAUUAGUAUAGCAGAUAAAUCACCACACGAGCUUAUGUAAAUGCCUGGGUGCCACU